GCACUCAGCGUUGCUGAGAGCCACGAGGAGGACACGAAGCUGGCCAAGGAGAAGCCGAUCAGGAGGCUCAUCCUGGAUGCGGACAAAGGUGCCACGACCAAACCACAAGACGAGCACAAGCCGCCUGCCGAUGCUCCGGCCGCGGCCCCUCCUGACACGACAUUGGCUCCGAUCCCAGGUGAAGCGACGGCUAAGGAAGAGGCCGUGGCACCUCGAGUGGCCCCCGAGCUCGAAAGCCUGCGGCAGAAAGCUCAGGAGGCGCUGCUGAACGGCGCGCAGACCGGAGAGCUCUGGAACCUGCUCCAGCGCUUUGCUGCGAAGGGCAGCGAGCAGAAAGCCUCGGCGUCGGCCGCCCUUUGCCAGGCGGCACAGUCGGGAGAACUCGUCGAAGCGCUGCGGAAAUGUGGAACUGCACAGGCGGCGGUGGCCUCCGCGGAGUUCGACCGCGUUCGCCAGCACGCGGUCGAGUCCCUGGUGGUCGCCGCCGAGUCGGGAAG